CAAGGCCAAAGCCCUGCAGGGAGAAAUUGUUAUCGUUGUUAUUGCUGCUAUUGCUGCCUGGGUUCAUGUCUGGGUGAGGGUGAGAUGAAGACAAGAUAAAGCUCCGAAUUUAAGCUUCAUCUACAAGCUAACCCCGCCGAACUAAGGCAGAUCCACUCCAUGGCCUGACAAUGGAACCAUAUCCCCGAUCUGACUAAAGCCCUCGGGAUGAUCGGAUCGUCUCCUGCUUUUGAGCGGAGACUCACCUCUGUCUACUUAUACCGUGUAAAAUGCCGGCUCAUAUCACGUACAAUGGAACUACAUCUCUAGGCCCUCAAGGAACCAUGAGCGAUAACGCAUAUCCAUUCCGCAAGAUCCUCCUGGUCGCAACGACGGGUGGCUUUACCCAUGCCGCUCCGGUCCUCGAACUGGGCAAGGUUCUCUCUGAGCGAGGCCACACAAUCGACUUCGCAACCAUGGAGGGCCAGGAGCACUGGACAAAAGACUACCCAUUCGUAUCUCAGCUGCAUAUACUCGGAGCCGGUCCAACUGAGCAGCAACUAAGCGAGCAUUACCUGCGCAUGCGUAAAUGGGACAUGUCUGUCGGCCUAGCAGGCGCCAUGCCCUCGAAGUACAUGUUCGACUCCUUCUGGCCUGUGACCUACGACCACCUCAAGAAUAUCAUGGAUGAUCCUGCCCGCCGUCCCGACUUCAUCAUCGCGGACUUCUUCGUCGAUGCCGUCAAAGACAUGCAUUUCCAAUACCAAGUGCCCGUGGCCAUCGUGCACCCACAAAUGCCAGCCUUGAUGCUCCCGUGCAGCUACAUCCCCGGACAGCCGGGCUUUCAGCUAGACGGAACCCUCACCUCCGAGCACGCCUCCAUAUGGCUCCGUCUGAAGAACGAGCUCGUGGUCGUCAAGGGCGUGAGAGAGAUCAUCCGCUUCUUCCGCUGGACGAAACAAAUGCGUCGCGCUCACGGCGUGUACUACUCUAUUCCCAACCCCCGCAAACCCGACUACCUUGUCUUCAUUAACUCAUUCUUUGGACUCGAGGUCCCGCGCGACCUGCCGCCGCUCGCGGCCGUCGUAGGCCCGAUACUCAGCGACACAUACCCGCCGUGCGACAAGCAUUACACCAAGUUCCUCUCCGAUCGCAAGAAGGUCAUCUACAUUGCCCUCGGCACGCAUGUCAUCCUUUCUAUGGCGGACGCGUCCAAGAUUCUCACCGCGCUGUUCCGGCUUUUGGAUAUCUCCGUCAUUGACGGCGUCAUCUGGGCGGUCGGCCAAAGCGGCCGACAAGACCUCGACCCAUCCGCCACAUUCACCAAUAAAGAGUCCAGAGAGGGAACGAUCACUCUAGCCGACCUCCUAGCCGGCCACCACCCGGCCUUCCUCUUCCCCCACUUCGCCCCCCAGCGCGCCCUUCUCGACCACCCGGCCGUGCGCCUCUACUUCACCCACGGCGGCGGCUCAAGCGCCAAUGAGGGUCUCUACCACGGCAAGCCCAUGCUGGCGAUGGGGAUCUUCUCGGACCAGAUCGCCAACACGGCGCGGCUGGUGCACGGCGGCGUCGCGGAGUCGCUGAACAAAUUCUCCUUCACCGCGGAGGAGGUCUUCGAGAAGGCACGCCGCAUCCUCGAAGAUGUCGACGGCAGGCACGCGCGCGAGUCGCUGCGGCUGCAGCGGAUUGCUAGGGUGGCGUCGCGCCGGAAGCACUACGCGGCGGAUCUGGUGGAGGAGGUGCUGUAUGACACCGAGCUGCGGGUCGUGGACGGAAAGGAGGUCCGCCCGAUGCAUCUGCAGACGGCGGAUAUGAGGAUGCCGAUGUAUAAGGUGCGGAACUGGGAUCUGAUGGCGUUGGCGGGGGUGGGCUUGGCGGGAUGGUUCGGGGCGGUUGCAGUAUUGGGGCGUUUGGUGUGGCGGCAUCGGACGGUUACGAGGGGGAUUGUG